AUGGAGCAUGAGUUCGGGAAGAACGAGAAAAUAGCGAACGCAUUACAACAGAAACUGGACGCGUUAUUAGCUGAAAGGGAACGGGAGAAGGGCCUAGUGGAAAAACUAGAAGCUGACAAGACGGCAAUGAAUGAGAAGAACGCGGAACAACUGGAUAAGAUCAACCAACUUCAACGAAACAUUUGCGAACUUACUGAGAAAUUUCGAGAUUUCGAUUCGCUCAUAGCCGCUGAGAAGAAGGCUCGAAGAAGAGCAGAAACUGANGGCAACUUGACGGAGUUAUGUCGCGAUAAAGAUAAACAAAUCAAGAAGCUUCAAGACAAAUUGGAUGAUACGAUUGAGAAGUCAGAAGUAAACGUCAAUGAGCUAAAGAAAAUACAUAAACAGUCAAAGAAUGAUUUGCAGAAUCGUAUUGAUGAAUUGAAGAAAACCGUUCAAAAGUGA